AUGAGACCCCGUCGACAGAAACAUAAACAAUUCCGUGUCGGAGACAAAAUUAAGGUAGAAGUAGGACCAUCGCUCAUCGAUCACCUUAUUAAUCCAAAGUUAGUGCUAGAGAAGAGAUACAAACGGUUCACGGCCUUCUAUAACAUCGAUACCCUGCCCGAAAAGUUCGCAAAGCUAGACGAGGAGCAUCGACGUAUUAAGGAGCUUAGUGACAUUAACAUUAUGGACCUGAUAUGGUUUAAACCAGUUUUGCGCAAGCAAUUUCAAGUCGCAUUUGACUCUGCGGGUCAGCUUCGGAAAAAGCACUGGCAUUUAUUAGACAAAAAGGACAAGAGUGGUAAGGAUGUUUUUCCUCCAGAACUCAGGAAGUCCAAUCGCCGAGACGAUGCGAUCUAG